UAUUUUUAUUAUUUUUUACUCCUUAAACUUAGUCAUUAAGUCAGAACAUAAGGCGCCUUAAUUAUACACAUCUAUGGACAUAAAACGAGUGAAUUUUUACUAGUAGAUAAUUAAAAUAACAACGUUUCCACCCGUGAUUAAAAUUCAUCGAACGUCUUUCGAUCUUCGACUUAUUUGGAUCCACAAAAAAAAAAAAAAAAACACGAGCGCUCACAUAUACAUAACACAGUCGAACGGGUUGAAUGACCUUCGAAAAGCUAUAGAUUUUAUUUAUUUUUUCUACCUAUCAGAAAGUUUCUUUUAUAGUUUCAGGAAAAAUCUAGAGUCUAAUUCGUUGGCUAAAAAGAUUAUAUCAUCUUUGUCGAGUGUCUUAUUAAGGCUACGUCACACCAAUUACACGAGUUACUUUUUAUAGACGUAACGAAAUGCAAGAGUAAUUUAUUUCUAUAAAUAUACCCUUUUUUUUCACUUAGUAAUUGUCAUAUUUUGUAUUUUUAGUUUUAUAUGUAUAGAUUACUUUAUAAUUUCCGGCAAUUUAAAAAAAAAAAAAAAAAGGUUUUAUUGUAUAAACCGCAUUUUAAUGCUACAUUUGAUAAGAGUUAAUAAAGCGCGGAUUUGCAUUCUUUUUUCUCUUAAUUUUUAAGGGAUUUUUAGGGAGAAAAUGAUAGGGAAAGUAAAAAAUAAAUGUUUUAAAAAAGUUUUUAAGGUUUUAGAUGAGAAAAUUGUUUUAGUUUAGUGUAAAAUUCGUACUUUUUUUUUUAACGCUGUUUUCAUUAGUGUUGAUUAUGCGUGAAUUUUCUUCUUUUUUUUCUUUUUUUAAGGGAUUUUUAGGGGUGAAAUCGUAGGGGAAAAGCAGAAAUAAGUGAUUUUUAAGUUAUUUUUGACGUUUUAGGCAAGAAAAUUGCGUUUUAAAAGUGUUUUGAAGGCUGUAAAAGUGGUCAAAUGGAACAUAUGUAACAGUGAUUUAGUUAAGUUUUACACGAAUAAAGCGUAACAAAAAAAUUUAAUUUCGAAGAUAAUUAAUUGGUAUGGAUGUAGUUGAAUAGACGAAGGAUUGUAUCGACGACAUCAGAGAGAGAAAGAGAGAGAGAGAGAGAGAGAAAAAAAAAGAAAUGGUUUCUUUCACUCGAAUAAGAGCCAGAGCCAGAGUCAAAGAGAGACCGCCCUCAAAUUUGAUGAUGUCAGAAGCAAAUCUGGUGACGUGAACGUAGAUAAGAACGAAGACACCGAAAGGUAAACGACCCCUAGCGGUCAGGUCGUCUUAUAUAUACGUCACACAAACCUCGACACCAGGUCGUCAUAAAUUACAGAGUUGUUUUGCUUCAUUAACUCGGCGACCAAUAGGCAAAGUCCAGCCCACGAACUUCUCUCCCGUUGGACGAAAGACGCGCACGUGAUACUGAAUGGCAGGUGGGUGUGGCCGAAGAUAAGCCAGUCUAGAAAGAUUUCUCCGCCAAUCUUUAAAAAAAAUGUUUGUUUUUUAUUUUUUGAAAGAAAGAAAAAAAAUAUUAUUUUAAAACUUUUCUAUUCGACUUUUAACUGUUUAUAAAUGCGUUUUAAUUCGUAAUAAUUCCCGACGGAAUGGAAUAAUUAAUUUAAAAUAACGAACGAUUAUGAAAAUCUUCCAUUAAUUUAUAGUGAUAAAUCGACGGUAGACUCGGUCGUAAACCGGACAGAACUGUGCCCGAGAUUUAAUAUUAUUUAAUUGGAAGCUGGUUUAAGUAUGAAGAAAAUAUAGAAUCGUUUUAAGAAUUAGAAAAUAUUUAUUUAAAAAAAAAUGUUAGAAAGAAUAAACAAAUGCAUCGCUAUUCUCAGUCGUUAGAGUGCGCUUUGCUGUCAUAUUUCAAUGGAUGCGCCCAUCAUCGUUUGGAUUUUUCAAUGGAUGAGGCCAUCAACAUUUUUCUCAAAGAGAAAUGUCUGACUGAAGAGUUCGACCAAUCGGACAAAGAAAAGCCUCAGCGUAUGACUGAUAUGCCCGAAGGGGAUGAUGGUUGGAGGGCUUAUUAUGAACAUCCAUUAACAGCAGCAACUACCGCCAUGUUGAAUAUCAACGGUGCAGGCGAAGAACAAAAUCCAGGAAUGGGGUUAUUGUUUGAAUAUUAUAAGUUGAAUCCAAUUGAAAAACAAGAAAAAGUAGCCCCAUUACCUUCCAUUUGGAGCACAGCUAUUCCGUCAACUGCAACAAAUACAAUAUCAGCAACGGUAGCACAAACCAGCGUGUCUGGAAUUACUACAUCCAGCCCAACUACAACAGAAAACACUCCUGUGUUGUAUUUAAGAACUGAAACGGAAGAUCAAAGCGAAAAGCAAUCGUCUAAAGAAGAAAAUACAGAAAAUUCUCCAGAAAUGAGAACUUCUCCUACAGCAAAUAGUGAAGGAGGAGAAGAAACUGAAAACUCACCUAUUACAAUAAUAGUUAAACAGGAACCAAUAUUGGAAUCCAAUCCAACGUCGCCAAAUCGAACAGAAAUAAAAUCAGAGCCAUUCCUUAAUUCUCCCUCUCAAACACCAAUAGAUUUAGUGACAAGUCCUCUAGCACCCACUGCUGUGGCAGUCACAACUCCCACUUCGACACCGAAUAUUUCGGAAGAGGACGUAGCAAAAUCGAGCGGGAACGUUAUCUCGUUAGGUGCAGCUAGCACAAGUCAACCGUACACUCAAGUUUUUGCAAACGUUACUUCGUCCCAACCCGCUUACGAAACUUUAGGAUUGGCGCAAUAUAGUGUUUUGACAAACGCAGUAGCAAUAUCUGCAAGCCCACCUCCUCAAUACGGUAAUCAAAAUUCUACUUCUUCGAGAACUGUUUAUGCAGUGACAACAGGUGAUUAUUAUCGAGAUUAUUAUCAGACCGAUCAAUAUCAGGCAGUUCGGCAACAACUCGGUUCUUACGCCGAGAAUAAUGAACUAGUUGAUCGUUACAUUCGACAAAAUGGUACCUAUAAAACGUCACUGCACGGAUUAACUGUCGAUCUGCCAUCUCCUGAUAGUGGUAUCGGUGAUACCACCAUCACGCCGAGAGAUAGUUUGCCACAAAUUUUCGAUUACUCUGAUCUCUCACAGACUUCAGCUUUACUUCAAUCUACAGACCAACAGACCACAAGUCGACCUUCUAGUUCUCAAUCGCAGUCUUCCAGAAGGUCUUGGCACGAUUAUGGAAGAAAUUCAGAAUCAGACAAAGUCCAGAUACCCAAACUCCAUUCUGAAUUUGGCUUCCGAUAUUAUUUAGAAGCACCAAUUUCUACAAGUCAAAGAAGAGAAGAUGAUCGAAUUACUUACAUAAAUAAAGGUCAGUUCUAUGGUAUCACUUUGGAAUAUGUACCUGAUCCAGAGAGACCUGUAGGAUUGAAAAGCACGACAGUAAAGUCGAUGGUAAUGUUGAUUUUUCGUGAAGAGAAGUCAGCAGAAGAAGAACUUAAAGCCUGGCAGUUUUGGCAUAGCCGACAACAUAGUGUCAAACAAAGGAUCCUAGAUGCAGAUACGAAAAAUAGUUCGGGUAUCGUUGGCCAAAUUGAAGAAAUUACUCAUAACGCAAUCGCAUUUUUUUGGAAUCCUUUAGAAGGUCCUGCUAAGAUUAAUGUUGCUGUCCAAUGUUUAAGCACAGAUUUCAGCAAUCAGAAGGGUGUGAAGGGACUCCCUCUUCAUCUUCAAAUCGACACAGUAGAUGAUUACAGAGAAGAAAGUCUACCUAUUCAUCGGGGAUAUUGUCAAAUCAAAGUAUUCUGUGAUAAGGGAGCUGAAAGGAAAACUCGUGACGAAGAAAGACGAGCGGCUAAAAGAAAAAUGACUGCUAGUGGAAGCAGUCGAAAGAAGAUCGAAGAAAUGUAUCAUCCACCCUGCGAUCGUUCAGAAUUCUACUCUAUGAGCGAUCUUCUCAAACCACCGUUGUUGUUCACACCUAGCGAAGAUCUGGAUAAAGUGGGGAUUAUUAAAGUUCAUACCGUGGAGACGAACUUCUAUUCAACUCAGUCAGCAGUUACAGAAGAAGCACCCGCAGCCAUAAUUGAUAGACGCGAUGUCUCGGACACAAGACAAUCGAACGAAGUUACUUUUCCAAUACCAAUUAAGAGAGUGAAGAUGUAUCCUACAGACAGAGUAUUGCUAUACGCAAGAAGAGAAAAUGAAGAUAUUUAUCAUCCUCUUCAUUUAGUCCCUCCCAAUUUGGCGGGUCUAGCAACAGCUAUCGAAAAUAAAUAUCUCAUCAGUGCAAAAAAUAUUAGAAACAUAUACAAGAGAUGCAAAAAAGGAAUUACGGUUCAAAUGGAUGAUGAAAUCAUCAAGCAUUAUUUCAACGAGGACACGUUUUUAAUCGAAGUAUCGAAAAUUGACGAUUGCUAUGACAUCACUUUAGUGGAACUUUAGAGGGAGAAACGCAAAAAAAAAACAAAAACAAAAAAAAAAUUUCCCUAUCGGUGGUUAAACAUUAUUAUUUUUAAUGUAUAUAGUUUUUAAUAAGUGUUUUUGCGAAACGAAAACAAAAUUCGGGAACUUGAUGUUUAUAAUUUAAGAACAGAACAUAAAAAGCCCACAAAUAAAUAAAUAAAAAAGAGGAAAAAUUAGAAAGAAAAGAAGAAGAAGAAGAAGAAAAAAAAACAUACAACACUCAACAGUUCCUCUACAAAAAACGGAACUAGGACUGGUCACGAAGCAAAUACUCUUAAUUCCUCGACAAGUUUUUUUUUUUAAGUUUUUGGUGUUUGUCUUUUGUCAUAAUGUCUUAUUUUUACACCUUUAACGAAAUACUUUUUUUAAAAAAUCAUUUAUAUAAAUAAAAAAAUGUUUUUUUUUUAAAUAUAAAAAGAAUGCUAGUUUAUCUAGUCUAAAAAAUGGAGGCUUUUGUGUGUAAAAAACAAAAAAAAAACUAACUAAAAUACCGACAAAGUAUUCUUCCGAUACUUAAAAGAAAAACUAUAAUCAUGACUUAUCGAUUAUCAAAAAAAAAAAAACUCGCCUCGAAAAUAUCUUAUAAUAAAUACCCAGCUAU